AUGGUUUCAACCCUGGUGUUGGUUGUAUUGUCCCUGUACAUCGCUGCCUGCUUGGGCAUCGAAAUUAUCACGAAGGUAAUGCAGUCCUGCAUGUCGGCAAUUCUGCAGAGCACCGGCAGCCACAUGUAUAGGCAUGAGCUUAUCUUUGUCACUGGCGGGGUCUCAGAGACAGCAUCGAUUGUGAGCCAGCACUUUGGAAGCCUGUCCAGUACGCUGUGCCUCGUCGUGUCCAUAGUCCCUUUCAUGCUGACGCUGACUGCAUUCGUCACCGUGGAUUCCAUUUCGCCGAUCUACGGGUACUUUUUCUUCAUCGUGCUGUUUGUUUCAAUUGCGCUGAUGAACCUUGUUACCGCUGUGCUGGUGGAAGGCGCCUUGGCCAAUGCGUCGGCGGACAAGGAAAUGGAACGAAUGGACUUGAGGGAGAAGCUGCGCAGCGCAUUGCCCAGGCUCUCGCAGAUCUUCGAUGAGAUUGACAAGGAUAACUCUGGAACUCUGACUAUGGACGAGAUGGCGAUGGUCCCUGUAGACAUCAUUCCAGAGGAGCUGCGUUCGAAGAGCCGUGUUUCCUCCAUGCAGGAGGUCUUCGAGAUGCUCGACGUGGAUGGCGGCGGUGAACUGACCCGCCAGGAGUUUGUCGACGGGCUCCUCAAUCUUUUCAUGCACGAUGACCCCGCCACCUCCGUCCAGACGCUUCGGCUGCUCCGCAAAGUGGACAUGAAG